AUGUAUAUGUUUGCACUUGCAAACAAGUCGCUGCGCCUUCUUGUCCCGGCCGCUCUCUGCCUGACCAUAUAUUUGUACCUUUAUCCAGCAUUCCAUGGAUGUGCUUUUCCUUCUAGAAGUGCCUCGACGCUGACUGCCUUCACCGAGACUCUUGAACAACAUAUCCCUCUCUCGCACCUCUCGAACGCGUUGCCUGACGACGCCCUGCGUGUGCCUUUCCGACUCCUCAUCUUCGCCGAUCCGCAGCUCGAGGGUGAUAGUUCCCUUCCCAAGCCUGAGGAUGGCUUCCUGCCCAAGAUCGCGCGGCACUGGUCGAGGUUCUGCUCACAAGAUGCCGCAGACAUCUUCCCCACUGCUAUUGAGAUAACACGGGCAAUCUUCCUUCAAGACAUUCCAGAAGCAUUCCAGGCGCUGCGGAAGCGAUUGGACCUGUUCGGCAACGACUACUACCUGGGUCACAUCUAUCGCACUUUACACUGGUGGACGAGACCUUCCCAUGUCACGGUACUCGGAGACUUGAUCGGUAGCCAAUGGGUAACUGAUGGAGAAUUCGAAUGGCGAGGAUGGAGGUUUUGGAAUAGAGUCUUUGCCAACAUCAACAGGGUCGAGGAUGAACUCGUCACGCUGGCAAGGCCAGAGGAAGAGAGGGCUUUCGACAUGAAUGAUGAUAGCUGGGCGACCAAGAUCAUAAAUGUGGCAGGGAAUCAUGACAUUGGAUAUGCUGGAGAUGUAUCGAGGCAUAGGAUGGACCGAUUCGAACGAGUUUUUGGAAUGGCCAACUGGGACAUCAGAUUCCGCCAUCCUCGACUAGACGAUACAGGGUCGACGAACACGACAGGCCACCAUCCAUCGCUGCACUUGGUUGUCCUGAACAGCUUGAUUUUGGAUACACCUGCUUUGUCCGAGGAUCUUCAAGCAGAGACCUACGACUAUCUCAACAACCUCGUUUCUCAUCGUUUGAGACCGGUGGAGGACCGAUCUUCCUUCACUCUCCUGCUCACGCAUCUGCCGCUUCACAAGAGAGCAGGGGUCUGUGUUGAUGCUCCUUUCUUCGAUUAUUGGGGUGAUGACGAUGGCGGCGGUGUUUACAGGCCUAAGGGCUUAAAGGAACAAAAUCAUCUGAGUGAACAUGUUAGCCACCAGGGCAUAUUAGAGGCGUUGUAUGGCAUGAGUGGGAACAUUGAUACCCCAGCCCAAGGCAAAGGUAGACAGGGCCUUAUCUUGACUGGCCAUGACCACGAAGGCUGCGAUGUGUGGCAUCAUAUCUCGCCCAAAACAGUGUGGUCUGGUUCCAGCAACCCUACUGAGGAUGAACGGACCACAUGGGACGCCAUGCACUGGACCCAGGCAAAUCACAGCAGGUCCCAUACUGGGGUUCGGGAAGUCACCCUGCGAAGCAUGAUGGGAGACUAUGGAGGGAACGCAGGACUUCUGAGUGUUUGGUUCGACUUCGCCACCGGGGCGUGGAGUUACCAGAUUCAGAUGUGUGGAUUGAACGUCAAAAUAUGGUGGGCCGUCCACGUCCUUGAUUUCGUGGUCUUGGGUAUUUGGCUGUUCAGCCUUGUCAGGAACGUCCUUAGCCACGAGAAACUUUCACGUCUUGAAAAGUACCAGGCUGUCCCGCAAAGCGCAACGAAAGCACAUGCCUGA